AUGCUCCAUCCCCUUCAGUUGCCAGGGACGCCCUUCAAGCACGAUGAUCAAGGGGUUGCGUUCCGCCCCGAGCUGCUGGCGCUGGCUGCUGCCAUGUCCCAGUCGAUGCACGGAGGGGACUACGAUGCGGUGCAUGUGAGGCGAGGAGACAAGGUUAACCCGCGCCUGUGGCCCCACCUUGACAACGACACGCAAGCAGCAUCGCUACUGGAGAAGCUGCCCAAGUUCGUUGAACCUGGACGCACGCUGUACAUCGCCACCAAUGAGCACGCACCAGGUUUCUUUGACCCUUUGAAACGCCUCUAUGACAUUCGCCUGUGGCAAGACUUCAAGCACCUGUGGGUCCCGGGCACCAUGUGGUAUGAUGGGUAUGAGAAGAUUUCCGGGGCUCAUCCAACCAUGGACACAUACAUGGAGGUUAUUGUUGAGUACUCUGUUGUGACAUUGGCGAAGCGUGUUGUUGAGACUUUUAAUGACUUGACAAGUGACGAUGCGAGUGGGGCUAAAUCGUAG